AUGCAGAGAGCAAAUGUGUUACUACCAAAGUAUGAUCCGGUGCAGGUUGGAUAUCUAUCGGAAAAGUGUAUUGCUGUGGACGAGGAUGAUAAGAUCAUUGGCGAAGUGACAAAAAUGGAUGCACAUCGUGUGGAGACAUUGUACAGUCAGCAUACACGAAAUCGCACCAUUGGUGAACAUCGAGUGUAUACAGUAGUCUUUCUUAGCAAAAUCACUUUUCCGUGUUUAUGGGCAAAUACGUGCUGUAGCCACCCGUUAUUUACCGCCGGCGAACGGACUGGUGCUACUGGAGUAAUCGCAGCGGUAGUAAGAAAAAUAGAACACGAACUGGGAUUCGUGGAUUUGGAGCCGAAAGAAUGUCACGUGAUGGGACGGUUUCUGUACAAAGCAGUGGAAGCGGACUCAUUAUGGGGAGAACAUGAGCUCGACUAUGCAGUGGUAACGAAGAAUGUGCCACUGGAUCGUCUUGUACCCAAUCCACAGGAAGUGAGUGAUAUCAGAGCAGUUGAUGAAAAGGAACUUACCGAUUGGAUCGCAUCAGAAUCGCCAUCGUUCUCUCCAUGGUUUCGUCUUUUCUACCGUCUAAGGUUUUUGUCGGAAUGGUGGUCAAAUAUCGAUCACAUAGAAAAUCUUCCAGUUGAUAUGAGUAUUAUUCGGAUGACCUAA